GCACUGAGUGCGGCGAUGACUCGGAGGUGAAACAUGCAAAUUUGACAAUGGGGAACAAGCAGACCAUCUUCACAGCACAGCAGUUGGAUGCCUACCAGGACUGCACAUUUUUCACCAGGAAAGAAAUCAUAAGACUGUUCCACCGAUACCGAGACUUGGCACCUCAGCUAAUCCCCCUUGACUACACCAGUAAGCCAGAUGUUAAGGUACCAUACGAGCUGAUUGGCAGCAUGCCGGAGCUAAAGGAAAACCCUUUCCGCCAGAGGAUAGCUGAGGUAUUCUCAGAAGAUGGAGAGGGGAACAUGACACUGGAUGACUUCUUGGACAUGUUUUCCGUCUUGAGUGAAAUGGCACCUCGAGAUCUGAAAGCCUAUUAUGCCUUUAAGAUUUAUGACUUCAACAACGAUGACUUCAUCUGCAAGUCGGACCUGGAGAAGACGCUGAACAAACUGACGCGGAAUGAGUUGUCGGAAGAUGAGUCGCGGUUGGUGUGCGAGAAGGUGAUAGACGAGGCUGACCUGGACAAUGACGGGCGGCUGUCGAUGGAGGACUUCCAGCACAUGAUUGUCCGCGCCCCAGAUUUCCUCAGCACCUUCCACAUAAGGAUAUAA